AUGUCAAAGAGAAAGAGAACGUCCACCUCCGCGAACGGCUCGGAAGACGAUGAGCGCGAGGAGGCCAACAGCUCACGCUCCUCGGAAUCAGGCGACGAGGAAGCCGACGAUGUGAAGGACGUCGAGACGCGUGACGGAGAGGAGCCUGACGUCGGCGACGUGACGACCCCCGUCGACACGAAAGAAAGUGAACCGAGAUACGAGGUCCGAGCCAUUUGGACCGCCAAGGAUCCCCGGGUGUGGUCCUUUGAGGAGUACCCUGACCCUACGAGCCGCGAUGACCUCGCCAGGGGUACGCGCAGAUUCCGCUACCUGGGUCCCUUUCGCCAUCUUUCUUGGCAGGACCUCAACGAUAUGGCGCAUGAGGUUGCACACUUCAUUUGGCAAACUUACUCGCACAUCAAUCCGCUAGAGGUAUUUGUCCAGACUCCGACUGUGCGCAACGACGUACUGCACUUGGACAUCGCCACCACGACGCAGAAGGCCUACGAGCAGCUUGCGAAAGCCCAGCUCGGCUUCCGCUCGAAGCCGUUUGAGCUCGUCUCGUCGUGCGCACCCUUUCCCAGCCACCACAUCCUCAUGCGCAUCGACGGUAUCGAUGUGCGUAACGCACUGGUAUCGAUCAUCAACAGCAUUAAAGUCGAGCUUCACGGUUUGAUGCGCGUCAUCGCUUAUUGGGCGAGGUUCCGCCCCCGCUCAGACGACAGCGUGCGCUCGGGUGACGACUUCACGGGUACAGUCUAUGUGCUCGGCGCUGGAAGGGGCGACAAGGUCCAGAUCGACAAGCUUCCAGGUUUUCUCGACUUCAAGAACCUCGGGUGGCCAAAGCGCGUGGCUGUGUUGCCGACCAACGACAUCACUCAAAAGGUCAACAGCUUGAUGAAUAUGGUGUUCGCUUACGGUGGGGCUAUGAUCGCCGAGCGCACGGCCGAGAUUCCAACGAUUUGGCGCGUCUACUCAGGCGCUACACCUCAGCCUCGGGGUGAGAGUGCCCGGCAUACCCAGGGGCUGUGCAUCGUCAAAGCCGACAGGGCUUCGAGGUCCGCCCCGGUAUCGGACGAGACCAUGAUCGAGCGUGCGAACCAAUCUAGCGAACGCGAUCAAUCCGCCUCGAGCCCGGGCGACAACGACUUGUGUUCAAGCAGGUGGUUGAGGAACAGUGCCGCAGCAACCGCAGCUAGCCCGAUCUUUGCUUGCUGCGCCGUUGCUAUGAUCCUCAGCAGGAGCUCUAACGACUCUGCGCUGUUUUCCCCCACCGUCUAUUCAGGAUGCCGGCCUUUUCUCCUGGCCCAAAGUGCCGUGGCGGACGCUGCAUGA